UCCACCGCCAAUCGAGGGACUAUACAAACACCAGAUCGGCUAUUUCUGGACGAGGCAAACAUGACGCCAUAAUCGAGUUUCGUAGCCGGUUGUAUAGAUGAGCAAUUUAGCCAGGGAGUUGUAGUAAGUCCAGAUUAUACAUGGGUAGAGCACGUCGCACGUCUUCCGAUGAAGCCCUAUGUUUAUGCAGGCGAUGUUAAAUUAGAAGACCUUUGAACAUUGUUUGAUUUGGUGACAUGAAGAGAUCGGAAGUAUAGCUGAGAUCAGAUUGUACUGGUACUGCAGACAGCGCCGUACGUGCUGAGGAGAAGAAUGUCGCUGGUUAAGACGCUCGAGUUUGUGUGGGGACUAACCAUCACUCUGCUGUGCUUGGUCGUUCCCCUUGGGUACGGCACCCAACAGCCUGCCCGUGACACCUUCACGGCCGCCGUGUACGAGCAUCGUGUCCGAAAUCCUCCCGACCCCGAAGCUGUGGUGACGAGAGACGAAGCCAUAGCCUGGUCCUACAGAAACCUCCGAGUGUAUAGGGAACAGGCUAAGAUUGCCGCCAGGAAGGGUGCUGACAUCAUCGUUUUUCCGGAAAAUGGAAUUUUGGGCUAUGACAAGACAAGGGCGUCCAUAAGGCCUUAUCUGGAACUUAUCCCCGAACCGAGAGGUCCGAGUUCAAACCACACAGUGGUACCAUGUAAGGACAAGAAGCUGAGCAGAAAUACCUCAAAACUGAAGAACCUAAGCUGUUUAGCUCGUGACAAUAGCAUUUACGUAGUGGCCAACAUGGCCGAAAAGUUGCCGUGCGAUUCAGGCUAUGAUCUCAACUGUCCAUACGACGGCCAGUAUCAAUUUGAUACAAAUGUAAUUUUUGAUACAAAAGGAGAAUUAGUGGGGAAGUACCACAAGAAAUAUCUCUACUGGCAGCCAAUGUUUGACACCGCGCCUGUGCCAGAGAUUGUCGUGGUUCCCACUCCAUUUGGAAUUCUGGGAACGUUCGUGGCAGGCGAUAUCUACUAUCAGUCUCCGGCAUUGGAGCUAAUAGAAAAAAAUGGCGUUGAUACUAUCGCCAUGACAACAACUUGGGAUAACACUUUUCCAUACCCGCGCGCGGUCGCAGUUCAAGAAGGAUUUGCCCUGCGCAUGCACGUGAAUUUAUUGGCUGCUAAUACUCAGGCUAUUAAGUAUGACAUAGGAGGCAGUGGGAUCUAUUCCAGUGCAGGAGCUGUAGUUUAUCGAUACAACACAACACAUGACCAUGGGCAACUUCUGAUUGGUACGUUACCCACGAAACCAAGAGCGCAGACGCCCCAACCACUUCCGUCUUGGGUGGAAGAUAAUCCAGAAGUUAAAGAGAAAAGUUUCCAAGCGACCAUCUCUGGAAAUACUGUUGAAUGUCUUCCGUUAACACAUUUAGAAGGCCGAGUAAGGCUAUGUCAGAAGGAUUUAUGUUGCUCUUUGUCAUAUAGUUUCAAGAGGAAGAACGAAAAUGAGUUGUUUGUUUUUGGAGUGUUUAAUGGUUUACAUUCCGAAUUAAUUUCCAUGUACACCCAGACGUGUGGAGUUUUUAAAUGCUCGAGUAAGCAGCCGGAGAGCUGUGGCAUCGCUCCGACGACCAGUUCGUCAAUCAUCGGGGAAUUCCGUAUGUGGGGUACGUUCUCAAAAUCCACGUAUGUGUUCCCGUAUGUUACAACUCAGGGUACCAGUGGGAUUUGCUUGGCUCCAGGACAAUUUGUCUUCCGUGACAAUGUUCUCCAUAGCGUGGACGGGUUAACGGACCCGUUGCUGUCCGCCAUUUUGUUCGGCAGGAAUUACUACCGGGACGAUUUCACUGCUAGCGUUAACCCUCCGUACUCCACCGUUCCUCCCACCACAAAGCAAAACGGUGCUGCUGUCAUUAUUACGGCAUCUACCUCAGCCUUUAUCAUAGUGUUUGCCUUGACAUUUCGGACAAUGAUGCAAAAAUGAGGACGGGGAAGAUUAGAGGUGUGCGUUUUGCAGUGUAAAUUUAAAUCUUUCAUAUCAGAUGUAGGACGUCCGAUCAACAUGGGUCUCAUAUAGGAUGUAUGAUCAAAAUGGGUCUCCUGUAGGAUGUAUGAUCAACAUGGGUCUCAUAUAGGAUGUAUGAUCAACAUGGGUCUCAUGUAGGAUGUAUGAUCAGCAAGGGGCCGGGGGAAGGAUGUAUGGUCAACAUGGAUCAGAUAUAGGAUGUAUGAUCAACAUGGGUCAGAUGUAGGAUGUACGAUCAACAUGGUCUCCUGUAGGAUGUAUGAUCAACAUGGGUCUCAUGUAGGAUGUAUGAUCAGCAUGGGUCAGAUAUAGGAUGUAUGGUCAACAUGGAUCAGAUAUAGGAUGUAUGAUCAACAUGGGUCAGAUGUAGGAUGUACGAUCAACAUGGGUCAGAUGUAGGAUGUAUGAUCAGCAUAGGUCAAAUGUAGGAUGUAUGAUCAGCAUGGGUCAGAUGUAGGAUGUAUAAUCAGUAUGGGUCAGAUGUAGGAUGUAGGAUCAGUAUGGAUCAGAUGUAGGACCUAUGGUCAGCAUGGGUCUCAUGUAGGAUGUAUGAUCAAAAUGGGUCUCUUGUAGGAUGUAUGAUCAACAUGGGUCUCAUAUAGGAUGUAUGAUCAACAUGGGUCUCAUGUAGGAUGUAUGAUCAGCAAGGGGCCGGGGGAAGGAUGUAUGGUCAACAUGGAUCAGAUAUAGGAUGUAUGAUCAACAUGGGUCAGAUGUAGGAUGUACGAUCAACAUGGUCUCCUGUAGGAUGUAUGAUCAACAUGGGUCUCAUGUAGGAUGUAUGAUCAGCAUGGGUCAGAUAUAGGAUGUAUGGUCAACAUGGAUCAGAUAUAGGAUGUAUGAUCAACAUGGGUCAGAUGUAGGAUGUACGAUCAGCAUAGGUCAAAUGUAGGAUGUAUGAUCAGCAUGGGUCAGAUGUAGGAUGUAUGAUCAGUAUGAGUCAGAUGUAGGAUGUAUAAUCAGCAUGGGUCAGAUGUAGGAUGUAGGAUCAGUAUGGAUCAGAUGUAGGACCUAUGGUCAGCAUGGGUCUCAUGUAGGAUGUAUGAUCAGUAUAGGUCACAUGUAGGGCGUAUGAUUAGCAUGGGUCAGAUGUAGGAUGUACGAUCAGUAUGGGUCAGAUGUAGGAUGUAUGAUCAGUAUGAGUCAAAUGUAGGAUGUAUGAUCAGUAUGGGUCAGAUGCAGGAUGUAGGAUCAGUAUGGGUCACAUGUAGGACAAUGAUCAGCAUGGGUUAGAUGCAGGACAUAUGAUCAGCAUGGGUCAGACGUAGGACGCAUGAUAAGCUUGGGUCAGAUGUAGGACGCAUGAUCAGCAUGGGUCAGAUGUAGGACGAAUCGUCAGCAUGGGUGAUGAUGAUGACAAUUGGCAAAUGACCCAGUUUUUAGAUGA